GGGCAGCAUUCGUCUUCCCGGGGGCAUCCUCAGCCCCGACUUUGCCAGCGGCCUCAACAACAACCACUUUUCCGCCAAACUCAUCAGCCUCGUUUCUCUGUCCAGGAAAGAAAGUCGACUCGCGGUGCCAGUUCUGCACUGGUUGGACGCACGGGCAGUCAAAAGUCUGCUACUCUGCCAUUGAUAAUCAGUUCUACGCGAUCGACUUCACAGCAUUCGCCAAAUAGUAGUGAACGUGGUUCCGGUAUAUAUUCCCUUCGACGAGCGGGCCGCCGACGACACACCCUGUCCGUAGACAAUAGACAUUCUUCAGCCAUCCCUUCUAAUGCUUACUUAAUUGACUCUGCUACUCUCGACCCUUUGAACCCCGGUUGUGGCUCCCUAUCGGCCGGUGUCUCCUCCUCCGCCUCUUUCUCUGCUAUUUCGCAUUUGUCUGAGGCCGGAACAUUGUCUAAUGAACCUCAAUCCAGGGUGCGCAGAGGUGGCUCUGCGCCUGAAGGUCAGGUUUCACGCUUAGCAACAAAAAGGCCGAGUCAGAACGGCAGUGCUAGUCUCCUUUUGACCCGCCAAUGGGCUCCAGCAGCUGAUCAGGCUACUACCCGGCCAGCUGGAGCGGAAACGCUUGACCACAAGGUUUCCUUGAGACCUGAGCGCAAACUCAAGAAGGGGAUUCAUCCGGGACCACAGAACCAUAACCUCGUAGAAAAAGUGUGCGAAGGGCCGGAUGAUUGUGGGUCAGAGAAGGGGAGUGUUGAAGUUAAGGGUACUUACUGCGAACUAUUCGAAAGAGAACAAGAGUGGAAGAAUGAAGCGAGAGAAGAAGAAAUAAAUGACCACGAAAAUACACUGGAUCAACAAACGUCCUUUGGCGAUACAGAAGGACGAAGCCUUAGCGCAGAUAGGCCACGCGCUUUUACACAAGCUGCAUGGUUGCGAGCUUCUGAUGUACCCUCUGAGUUAAGCCCUGAGGAACGUCAGCGGGUACAAGCUGUGUUUGGUGAUGAGGACACUGUAGCUGGUCUAAUUGCUGAACAUCGAGUGAGGAAAUAUUUGCUUUUUCUCACCUUUUUUGACUGCACGAUUGCUCUCUUAAAAUGCCGGCAGUAA